AUGGCCGAAAUUGCUGCUGGAGCUGUCGUCGCCGAACAGGUCGUCUCGACCACCAUUGAAGGUGGUGCCGUGGCCGGAAUUGCUAUCGCCAAGAAGACCUUGCCGCUGAAGGCUACCUUCACCCGCAUAGCAGUAUCCGAACUUAUCCGUCGCCAUUCUCAUACCGUCAGCGUGGUAAACGGCAAGGCCUACAUCUUCGGCGGCUUCACUGAAGCCGGCACCCUCGCCGGCAACGAAUUCCACCAAGUGACCCUGCCUCCCAAGGACAAGGAGGAUACCGACUACAAGUGCAUCCCAGCAUUGCCCACGGAUGAUGCUUCCUCCGUCCCCCCACCUCGCGCGGGCCAUUCUGCCUCGGUGUUCGGAAAGGACAUCAUCAUCUACGGCGGAAUGGAUGAGGCUGGCAACUCAGUAGAGGACGGUUCCAAGCUCUGGUCUUUUGACACCGACACGCUCAAGUGGACUCUUCGCACUUCUCAAGGUCCUAAGGAGUGCCAGUUCUACCAUGGAUCUACUGUCCACGGCAACACCCUUCUACUCUACGGAGGCUAUAGCAAACCGGCUGGCACCAAUGACUUGCGAACACUUCCAAGUCUUAGCUCGGUUGACGUCACGACUGGUGUCUGGCAAGCCCACGAAGACCAAGCAUUGUCACCUGUCGGUACACCUUCAGGUCUUGCCUUCUCUCAAAACAAGGUCUUCACUGUCGGCAUAGAUUCGCAGUUCCAGGCUCCAGUCCACUUCUACGACCUCCAUGCCGCUGCGACCGAUGCGCGCUGGGACACCAUCCCCGUGCCCUCAAACCCCCUCGUCCCUGGUCCUGAUACCUCCAGAGACGGGGCUGGCGUGAUCACUCUUUCAACCGGACAAGGUCGCAAAUAUCUUUUGUACCUGUUCGGUCAGAAGCACGGUGGCGAUCGGCCCACCAGCCUUCCACCCAAGUCCGACGAACUGUUCAGCGAUGCCUGGACCUUCCAGCUUCCUUCCGACAAUACCACUCUUGCUAGCGCCAAAGAUGCGGCCAGGCUCAAGCUUGGAAUGGACUCUGGCGAAGACAGCUGGGCCGAGGUUGAGUUGAAGCUGCAUCAGGAGGAGUUCGCGCAUGAAGGUAAGGUCCAUCCUGGGCCUAGGUCGUUCUUCGCAGCCUCGAACAUCGAUGAUAAGACGGUGGUUCUCUGGGGUGGCCUGAAUCCUAAGCAGGACGUCGAAGGUGACGGCUGGAUCAUCAAGUUGGAAUGUUGA